CCCUGCUGCCCCCGGCCCUUCCUCGCGCCCAGGCGCCCACGUCUCCCCGCCCCGGGCGGGCCUCGGGCUCGGGCUCGGCCGCGGCUCCUUCCCGUGGUUCCUCACUCAGGACCCUCCCUGCCCCUCUCGCCCGCACCGCUUCUGCGUGUACUCCAGGGCCGGCUCUGGCCCGGGGUCUCCCGGCCUCCGCACCCCGGGCCUUCCUCCGACGCUCUCCCUGCACCCAGUGCCCUCCCCGACCCCUCUCAGCCCAGGCCUUUCCCUGCUCUUACUCCCCAGGUCCCUUCCGGGACCUCGGAUCGCCCUCAGAUCCUCCACUUGACCUUCCUGGACCCCCCAGGCCCUGCCCCUGGACCCUCAGUGCCUUCCCAGGCUUCUCCCUAGGACCCCCCAGGCAUUCCCCAGGCCCUUCCCUCGCCUCCUGGGAGCAUCCAGACUUUCCAAACCCGGUUCUUCCCCAGGCUCCACCCUAGACUCCCCAGUCUUUGCCUGGCUUGUCCCGGGAUCCCAGGGAUCCCAGGCCUCCAAAUCUCCCCUCGCCUUCCUGGGCUUCCCCCUGGACCCCCAGGCCUGCCCCAGCACUUCCCGGAAGCCCCCCACCCCAGGCCCUUGCCGUUGCUCUUCCUUCCCCCUGCCCUUCCUCCUGGCUUGAUUUUUUCUUUACCCACAUGCUGCUCCAGCCCCAGUGUUUUUCCUAGUGCGCUCCUGCAGUACCCCCUCUUCUUUUGCCCCCAGCCUUCCUGUCUUUUCCAGACCCCUCUCCCAGCUGAUGUAGCUUCUGAUGUCUCUGCUGCUCCCCCUCCUUGCCGGUCGGUCCCCAUCUACCCCUCUCCCAAGACACAGAUGGGCCUGAGGCACCAUGGUAUGGGUACACAGCAGACCCUCCUUCAGAGUUAGGGUUUGUUUUGUUGUUUUUCUUAAUCUCUUCGUUUUCUCUCAUUCUUGCUCCUUUCCCCCCUUCUUUUGAUCUGUUCCACUUCUCUGUACUAAAUUCCUUUCCUCCUCCCCCGCUUUUGUCCUGAGCACCCCCAUCCUUGGAGAGGGCGCAGGUGCUGAGACCCUGCCUGCUCUCCCUCCCCUCUUCCCCUCCUGGCUGCCUGGGGCUUCACCCAAAGCCUCCUAGCCUCUCCGGAGGGCUGCUAGGGAGUACAUGGUGGAGACAGUGGCCCAGGGAGGGGGGAAGGUGGGUCCUGGGCAUAUUGGGAACACUGGCUUUUUCCCAAGCUCCCCUGACUCCUGCCUCCUGCCGUGCUGAGCUUUUUAGAGUUAUCCCAGACUCCAAUUAAUCAGCCUCCCUGAGCCCACAGGGACUUGUCUGCCUGCCACCCAGUGGGCUCUGCAUGUACGGGAGGCCUGCAAGGGUGUGCGUUUGCAGGGAAGGUUGUUGCGUGAGUUUGGGGGUUCGUGCCUGCACUGCAGAGCUGGAGGGGUGGAGGUGCUAAGCUGCAGGCUGAUCUGUCACUGGGUGUCUCCAUUGUCAGAAUACUUGUUGCAUCUCACCCUCUGAGAACCCUGUGAAGUCAGUGCUGCUGUUCUCACAUUCCAUUCUACAGAUGAGCAGACUGCAGGGCCCCUCAGUGUCUCAGGCAGCUUCUGAGUGGCUCAGGGCACGCCCCCCGCCUGUAGCUCCUUGGUGCCCUCUGUGGUCUGCCAGAGGCAGCAUGGUCCCUGCAGCACCAUGGGCCCUGACAGAGUGACAGCCCGAGAACUGUGUGAGAACGACGACCUGGCCACCAGCCUAGUCCUGGAUCCCUACCUCGGCUUCCGAACCCAUAAAAUGAACGUAAGGUGAGCCCUGUGCCCCCCCUGAGGCGACAGCAUCACCUGCGCUCAGCGCUGGAAGCUUUCCUGAGGCAGCGGGACCUGGAGGCUGCAUACCGGGCCCUGACGCUGGGAGGCUGGAUGGCCCACUACUUCCAGAGCCGGGGCCCGCGGCAGGAGGCUGCCCUCAAGAUCCACGUCUUUCGCUACCUCCGCUCCUUCCUGCCCGAAAGCGGCUUCACCAUCCUGCCCUGCACCCGCUACUCCAUGGAGACCAACGGGGCCAAGAUUGUGUCCACCCGUGCUUGGAAGAAGAAUGAGAAGUUGGAGCUGCUGGUGGGCUGCAUCGCAGAGCUGCGGGAGGCGGACGAGGGGCUGCUGAGGGCUGGGGAGAACGACUUCAGCAUCAUGUACUCUACCCGUAAGAGGAGUGCACAGCUGUGGCUGGGCCCCGCCGCCUUCAUCAACCACGACUGCAAGCCCAAUUGUAAGUUUGUGCCUGCAGAUGGGAACACAGCUUGUGUGAAGGUGCUGCGGGAUAUUGAGCCAGGGGAUGAAGUGACAUGCUUCUACGGUGAGGGCUUCUUCGGGGAGAAGAAUGAGCACUGUGAAUGCUAUACCUGUGAGAGGAAAGGUGAAGGAGCCUUUCGACUUCAGCCCAGGGAGCUGCAACAGCCACCACAGCUCCUGGACAAGUAUGAGCUCCGGGAGACCAAGCGACGCUUGCAGCGAGGCAUGGACAGAAGCCGGCAGAACCUGCUGGGCCCGCGGGCCUGCACUCACCUGUCCCCACUGCAUUGGGACCCAUUUUGUGCUGCCUGUCAGCCCCUGCACCUGCCACCCUGCGGCCCCCGCUUGGACAUCUCACCCCUCUGGCUCCAAUGGCUGCCUAAGCCCCAGCCUCGAGUGCGCCCCCGGAAACGCCGACGCCCCCGGCCCCGUCAGGCCCCCAUGCCCCCCACUGUCCGUGCUGCCUACAUCUCCCUCCACCGAUGGGGAGGCUGUGGCCCCCACUGCCGCCUGCGGGCUGAGGCCCUGGUGACUCUGGGCCUUCCCCCUCGCACCCACUGGGCCCCCCAGCAGGACUGGCACUGGGCCCGGCGCUACGGGCUGCCUUAUGUGGUGCGUGUGGACCUCAGCCGUCUGGCCCCUGCCCCACCAGCCUCCCCUGCCCCAGCUGAUGCCCUAGGCCCCAUCCCCAUCCCUAAGCAGGCCCUUGCUUUUGCCCCCUUCUCCCCGCCCAAGCGCCUGAGGCUGGUGGUCAAUCAUGGCUCCAUUGACCUGGAUGUCAACAGUGGAGAGCCGUGACUGGUCAGGCAGGGGGGUCCAGGCAGGGUGGGGAAAGUCUUUCUCUUAGACACCCCACCAGACCCAGAAGGAACCUCUUGAGAAGGAGCUGACCCUUGACUCCAGCACAGUUCUGACCCUGGGACGGGGUUGGUUAGGACAUCCCCAGGGAUCUGAUACCCAACCCUCUAUGACUGCUGACCCCUGAGCCACCCCCACACCCAGCAAUGAGCCCUGGCCAUUUGCUGCCCUUGCCCCCACUCAGGACCACAGGAGCCAUCCCCUCCCCUCAGUCCUUCCACUCCAGGGAGAAAAGCCAUAGUGCGUGGGGACCACUCUAUGGCAUCUCCCCAGAAGCCCAGGCCUCAUGAGGAGGUAGAACUGACUCGGGGGUGGCCCUCCUAGAGACUGCCCCCAUGAUGGGGAGUGGAUGUGCUCCCGACUCUGCAGCUGUGAGGUAGGGGCAGGUUGGGGGCCGUGGUGUCUGGGCACAUUCUCACCACCCCCACAGGUCUCAGGGAGGCCGGGUGCGACCUUAUCUUUCUCAUGGUGCUAUCCCUGGUGCUACUGGGGUAUGCGAGCUUCUCCAUUCCCCACACCAGAAUGGGGUAUGUUGGGGGAUUGGAAGCACUUGAACUUUUUAUUUUAUUAAAAACCUUGUUAUAAGCAGUA